CCGGGCUCCGGGACCCUGAGCUGGCUCCUCCGCGUCGGGGAUCUCAUGUCCCGCGCCGAAUGGAGUCUCGAGUACGGGUACAGGGUCCAGGUGGAGUUCUACGUCAACGAGAACACCUUCAAGGAGAGGCUUAAGCUGUUCUUCAUCAAAAACCAAAGAUCCAGCCUGAGGAUCCGGCUGUUCAACUUCUCCCUGAAGCUGCUGACCUGCCUGCUCUACAUUGUCCGCGUCCUGUUGGAUGACCCAGCCCUGGGGAUCGGAUGCUGGGGCUGCCCGAAGCAGAAUUACACCUUCAAUGAGUCGUCCUCCGAGAUCAACUGCCUCCCCACACCCACAGCCCCCUCUCGGCCUUACUCCCUCACCCACGCCCCUCCCCUGGCACCCCGGCCCAGCCUUGCGGCCCCUGGAGGGCAAGGCUGCCGCCCACUGUCCAGCUCAAGGAGCAGCCUGGGAUNCCCACCCCACCCCAGUGCCCCCUCCCUGCCAUCCGCUCUGAAGCCCACCCCCUUGGCUCCCCAGGGCAACAUCUGGGAGCAGAUCUUCCGCGUGUCCUUCAUCCUGGAGAUGAUCAACACGCUGCCCUUCAUCAUCACGAUAUUCUGGCCGCCGCUGCGGAACCUGUUCAUCCCCGUGUUUCUGAACUGCUGGCUGGCCAAGCACGCCCUGGAGAACAUGAUUAACGACUUCCACCGCGCCAUCCUGCGCUCGCAGUCGGCCAUGUUCAACCAGGUCCUCAUCCUCUUCUGCACCCUGCUGUGCCUGGUCUUCACGGGGACCUGCGGCAUCCAGCAUCUGGAGCGUGCGGGUGACAACCUGUCCCUCCUGACGUCCUUCUACUUCUGCAUCGUCACCUUCUCCACCGUGGGCUACGGGGACGUGACGCCCAAGAUCUGGCCGUCCCAGCUGCUGGUGGUCAUCAUGAUCUGCGUGGCCCUGGUGGUGCUCCCGCUACAGUUUGAGGAACUCGUCUACCUGUGGAUGGAGCGGCAGAAGUCGGGGGGCAACUACAGCCGCCACCGGGCCCAGACGGAGAAGCAUGUGAUCCUGUGCGUGAGCUCCCUCAAGAUCGACCUGCUCAUGGACUUUCUGAACGAGUUCUACGCGCAUCCACGGUUGCAGGACUAUUACGUCGUCAUCCUGUGCCCCACGGAGAUGGACAUCCAGGUUCGCAGGGUCCUGCAGAUCCCCCUGUGGUCCCAGCGGGUCAUCUACCUCCAGGGCUCCGCACUCAAGGAUCAGGACCUCAUGCGGGCCAAGAUGGACAACGGGGAGGCCUGCUUUAUUCUCAGCAGCCGGAACGAGGUGGACCGCACCGCGGCGGACCACCAGACCAUCCUGCGUGCCUGGGCCGUGAAGGACUUCGCCCCAAACUGCCCUCUCUAUGUCCAGAUCCUCAAACCUGAGAACAAGUUUCAUGUCAAGUUUGCAGGUAUGUUUGGUCAGGAGGGGGGCACCCAUGUGCUCCAAGGGGAGCGUGCUGGGGCUGGGGGUGGGGUUGAGGCAGAGCCCAUGCAGAUGCUGCACCUGGGAGCCUGGGGGGAAGGCCAGGACUCUCCAGAGCAGUGGCAGCGCAUGUACGGACGCUGCUCGGGCAACGAGGUCUACCACGUGCGCAUGGGCGACAGCAAGUUCUUCCGCGAGUACGAGGGCAAGAGCUUCACCUACGCCGCCUUCCACGCCCACAAGAAGUACGGCGUGUGCCUCAUGGGCUUGAAACGCGAGGACAACAAGAGCAUCCUGCUGAACCCGGGCCCGCGGCACAUCCUGGCGGCCUCCGACACCUGCUUCUACAUCAACAUCACCAAGGAGGAGAACUCGGCCUUCAUCUUCAAGCAGGAGGAAAGGCAGAAGAGGAAGGGCUUCGCGGGGCAGGCGCUGCUCGGGGGCUCGUCCCGCCUGCCCGUGCACAGCAUCAUCGCCUCCAUGGGGACAGUGGCCAUGGACCUCCAGAACACGGAAUGCCGGCCUGCACAGAGCAGCGGGGGCGGUGGGGGCAGCAAGCUGGCGCUCCCCACGGAGAACGGCUCGGGCAGCCGGAGGCCCAGCAUUGCGCCCGUGCUGGAGGUGGCUGACAGCUCGACCCUGCUGCCUUGCGACCUGCUGAGCGACCAGUCAGAGGAUGAGAUGACGCCGUCGGAUGAAGAGGGGCUGUCCGUGGUGGAGUAUGUGAAGGGCUACCCCCCCAACUCACCCUACAUCGGCAGCUCCCCCACUCUGUGCCACCUCCUGCCCGUGAAAGCCCCCUUCUGCUGCCUGCGGCUGGACAAGGGCUGCAAGCACAACAGCUACGAAGACGCCAAGGCCUACGGCUUCAAGAACAAGCUGAUCAUCGUCUCGGCGGAGACGGCGGGCAACGGGCUGUACAACUUCAUCGUGCCGCUGCGCGCCUACUACCGGCCCCGCCGGGAGCUCAACCCCAUCGUGCUGCUGCUGGACAACAAGCUCUUCCCCAGUCUCAGCAUCACCACCGAGCUCACCCACCCGUCCAACAUGCGCUUCAUGCAGUUUCGCGCCAAGGACAGCUACUCUCUAGCUCUCUCCAAACUGGAGAAGAGGGAGCGUGAGAAUGGCUCCAACCUGGCCUUCAUGUUCCGCCUGCCCUUCGCCGCCGGCCGCGUCUUCAGCAUCAGCAUGCUGGACACACUGCUGUAUCAGUCCUUCGUGAAGGACUACAUGAUCCCCAUCACCAGGCUGCUGCUGGGCUUGGACACCACGCCGGGCUCCGGCUACCUCUGUGCGAUGAAGAUCUCGGAGGACGACCUGUGGAUCCGCACCUACGGCCGCCUCUUCCAGAAGCUGUGCUCCUCCAGCGCCGAGAUCCCCAUCGGCAUCUACAGGACCCAGUGCCACGUCUUCUCCACCGAGCCCCCCGACCUCAGGGCCCAGUCCCAGGUCUCGGUGAGCGUGGAGGACUGUGAGGACACUCGGGAGCCCUGGGGCGCGCGGGCGGGCACGGGCGGCGGCAGCACCCACGGCCGGCACACGGCGGGCGGCGACCCAGCCGAGCACCCGCUCCUGCGGCGCAAGAGCCUCCCGUGGGCGCGGAGGCUGAGCCGCAAGGGCUCCCGGCGUGCGGGGAAGGCGGCAGCGGAGUGGAUCAGUCAACAGCGGCUCAGCCUGUACCGGCGCUCAGAGCGGCAGGAGCUGUCAGAGCUGGUCAAGAACCGCAUGAAGCACCUGGGGCUGCCCACCAGCGGCUACGAGGAUGUAGCAAAUUUAACAGCCAGUGAUGUCAUGAAUCGGGUAAACCUGGGAUAUUUGCAAGACGAGAUGAAUGACCACCAGAACACCCUCUCCUACGUGCUCAUCAACCCCCCGCCCGACACGCGGCUGGAGCCCAACGACAUCGUAUAUCUCAUCCGCUCGGACCCCCUGGCCCACGUGGCCAGCAGCUCCCAGAGCCGGAAGAGCAGCUGCAGCAACAAGCUGGCCUCCUGCAACCCUGAGACGCGGGACGAGACGCAGCUCUGACCGCCUUGCGGAGUCCGCAAGCCCGUGAUGCAUGAGUGCAGGGCCCUGCCCGGCGCCCGACUCCAAGAAGCUCCCAGGACUGGGCCAGAGGGAGCGGACCUUAGCCGGGUGAGGGCUGGGGCUGCCCUGGGCACUGCUGGACGCCGGCAGGAAGCCUUUUUAACCUGUUUUUAGGAAUCUAUACAACCCUGAUCCUUCGCACAAACGCACCGCAACUCGUGACCGGAUCUGGCCACGGCGGAGGGACGGGAGCCGGGCUAGACCGCAGGGUGAGGAUGGGGUGCAUUGGGCAGGGGCCAGGGCCGGGGCUUGCACCACGACAGGAGAGGGAUGCUGCAGCCCGAACUUGCCAUGUUUCCACAGCCGUGGACCAGUCUUGCCCGUGGCUCUCAGCCAAGCCAUGGGGUGGAGGGCCGCCCUUCUCACCCAGCUCCCCUGUAUGCUUAUUUGAGAAGGAAAUGGAAAACAAGAGGGUCUUCAGCUUAGCCAAGCCCCUGGCCGCAGCAGGGCGGGCUCUGAAGAAGCAUCAGGGCGGGGCCCUGCCACACACUGGGGAUCCCGUGGCCCGUGUCUUUGUGGAACAGACUCGGACGACUGCCUUUUCCUCAAUUUUAUGCUGAACUUUUGCAGCCGCACCAUCUGACGCCCUUUAAAAUGAGAAAUCUGAAGCACAAUGCAGCCGCUGGGCUGCUGGCCCACGUCUCCAGGACGGAGACUUCUCCUUAUCAAGGGAGGGACUCUGGGCAUCACCUCGGUUCCUUUGUGACUGUUGCUGACAGGUUUGCACGCUCAGUGCUGGAAACUUCCAUUAAAUGGAUGCAUUCUGCAGACAGGA